AUUCCAACUGUGAACCCUACGUAAGAGUGAUCGAUGAUGCCCGCGCUCGCAAGCUGGCUACCGACCUAAGACGGUGUGUUUACUAUGAAACAUGUGCAGCAUAUGGGCUUAAUGUAGAGCGUGUCUUCCAGGAUGCAUGCAUGAAAAUUCUGCAAGCUAGAGGCGCCAAUUCCCAGAAUCCUAUUCAGAGACCGAUCACGCCACAGUUUUCUGGAACUGUGCCUUCGCGCCCCCACGCGGUGCUGACCAAUUCAACCGUAUCAGUUUCCAAUGCGAAUACUGCUGAUAAAAUUGCUCGACCAACUCAGCCUCCCGUUCCAUCCGCGAAUGCGCGUCGUGCGGAAAUGCUAAGUAAUCCUGGGUUUGAACCCGAUCUUAUCGAGGAUUGUCGAACCAAUCAGACUCUUUCGGCUGCGACAGCAGCAGCCUUAACAAGUGGUAUGGGUGUUGGUGGUGAUGGGAGGCAGUUUCAAACUUUGAAUAUCAGGUCUUCUUGUGAAACAGAUUCACAACUAGAGUCCGAAUUGAGUUUCGAUCGCACGAGGUUUUUUGCCUCAUCAGUCGUCGACUCACCCGAUGAUUGGGCGACACACCCGUUUUUCUUAGAUGGUCAGGCACCACACUGUCGUCCUGACUACUUGCCACCAUCUGACUACUCAGAGAGCGUCAUCCCCACCCCAACGCAACACACUUACUCAGAAUACAGUGCACAUGCAUCACAACCUUCGACGCUGACGAGUAGCGUUGGGAUCCAUGGAGGCUUUGUUCCCUUUCUCCCUAACUUCGCUCCACUUGCCCAAUUCACCCCGCUUCCGUUACAACCACCACCGCCCGUAUCACAUUGCUUCGGUUCGACCACUCUGAACCCGGCUGCGAGUAUGUCUUCGGUUGGAUUAGGCGCUGAUACUGUCGAGAACAAGGGAGAGACUAACGAGUCCCUAACGCCAAGUAGCACACCAACACACUCCCGUAAGAACAGAAGAAAAUCAAACCUCUUCAAAAAGAACGAGGAUGAGAAGGAUCGUGGCAAAAAGUUGAACGGCAUCGGAAGCGGAAGAGCAAUUCCGUUGAAGCAGGGGUUUCUAUACAAACGUUCAAGCAAGCCACUCGGUAAGGAAUGGAAAACAAAGAAGUACGUUACACUUACGGACGAUGCACGUUUGACCUAUCAUCCGAGCAUUCAUUCUUAUUACUCACGUAUCAAGUAUCUUUCUACUCGCCAGGAUUACAUGGACAAUACACACGGGAAAGAGAUCGAUCUGAGUCGCACCACAGUCAAAAUCCCUGGAGUGGCUUUCCGUCAAGUUGGCGGUCGCAUAACCAGCAAUGGGCUUCUGCGAAGUCAAUUAAGUGAACCCAAUUCAGGUGUGUCAAAUCAAACUGGUAAAAUCUCCACAUCAACAGACACCGUGCCCAGUGCGAACGAUAGUACCGGUUCAGGCGUGAGGGACGCAACCUGCGUGAAGAAGCGGCAUCGUCGGAUCAGACCUAAUCCGAAAAGUAGCGUUGGUGAUGCUGAAGAUUCAGAAGGUUACGAAUUCCAGUUGAUCUCAAUGGAUCGUCAGUGGCAUUUCGAAGCCAAAGGACCUGAGGAACGGGAUGAUUGGGUCAUGUAUAUUGAGCGUGCCAUUAUGACCAGAUUGCAGUUGAAUGAAUCCACCAAACGCACCAGGGCGAUGAACAAUUCAGGCUCCGCUUCCUCCAACACAGGCCUUGCGAGCUCAUCCAACUUGACCGGUGGAGUCCAUUCCGGUGGGGAUAACAACAGCCUCACAAGCGGCCGUUCCGGUGCUGGGGAUAGCAGUGAGCUUGCGACGACCGAUCAUCUGAUUGAAAGUAUUCGUUCAGUGGCAGGAAACCAGUACUGCGCUGACUGUGGUGCUUGCGAUCCGGAUUGGGCCAGCUUAAAUCUGGGUGCUAUGGUGUGCAUCAGCUGCAGCGGUAUCCACCGGCAGUUGGGCACGCAUAUAUCGCGUGUUCGGUCGCUUCAUCUGGACGAGUGGUCUUCCGAGUCUGCGGCUGUAAUGUGCGCCAUUGGCAACACACUGGCCAAUUCCGUGUGGGAAGCUGCCGUGCCUGUCAAUGCAGGCAAUCGGAAAAAACCCGAAGCAAACAGCUCACGAGAAGAAAAGGAAAUAUGGAUUCGUGCAAAGUACGACCGUCAAGAAUUUCUACCUCCCCUUCCUUAUCCCGAUGCGCCCCUUCAGCAACAGUUAAUCGAUGCAAUCGCCCGACAGGAUACGCGUCAAGUGGUGCUGUGUCUGGCGCUAGCCACGCCCGAAACAGUUAAUGCACCCUAUUCCCGACAAGACCCUCGAGCAGCGAUACAUAUCGCAGCAACCCUGGGAAAUCUAGUCUAUCUCCAAUUGCUUUUAUGGUACAACGGAGAUCCUACGGUAACGGAUCACGAGGGUCGAAAUGCCUACUAUUAUGCGCACUGCUCUCAAAAGUAUGACUGCGCGGAGUUCCUCAGAAGAAGCGGGUGCCCCAAACAACUAGUCCCACCCAGCCCAACAGGAUUGACUCCAGCUCAAAUGGGACGGUCAAUGCUACCAAUGCCUGUUCCCGUUCCGCAUGUCCAAGUUCCUCCUCCAGGAUCUUACACCCAGCCAACAACCCUGGAGUCGCAUGUCCCAACCCAUUCGGCACUAGUUCCCUGCAAUGUCUCCCAACCGUAUCACUUUUCUCAUUUACAGCAGCAUCAACCAGGGCUUCCUCCUCCUCACCUACCUAGUCAAGUUAUUGGAAUACAGCAGAAUCAUGUUUUAUCUGGUCAUCAAGCAGGUUCAGGUUCAACACUGGCGCCUUCAAUGAGUACUCCAGCUCAGGCGUAUACGCAUGCUUCCCCAACUCAGUCCACUGUGAUACAGACAGGGGGAGGAAGCACGGUCUCUGGAGUCCUGACAACCAACUCUGCUGGGAUGGGCCACCGAGGUCCCCUAAUCCAACAACAACAGCAACAGUUACUUUCCAGCUGCGUCCCUUAUUCAAAUGGGGUAAACCAAGCUCUUGGCGCCACCCUUCCUCGCCGACAUGGCCCUAAUCCUUUAGGGCCACAAGCUUUACAGCCCUUCAUCCGUCCUCUCGGACAGCAGCAGCAACAACUAGCGUCAACCGUAACACGUCGACCUCAACCCGGUUUAGUCGUUGAGCGUAACCCCGUCAGUGGGUUAUCAAGAGUUGCUGUUUCCAACAUCACCCCACCAGCCCCUACACACAAUGCUCAAAUGUCUUAUACUCGCCCGACAUCUACCUCUAACGUUUCCGGUAGUGGUAAUCUCUCAGGGAUAAAGCAACAACAAUCAACGCAGCAGCAACAGUUUAUCGCGGCUAAUCAGGAGGUGGGUCUUUGAUGUUCACCAGCCGCGAGUUAUGCACUAAAUUGAUCUCCACCCAGGUCCCUCACCUUGUCUACUCCCAUGGCGAUAUGUCAACUAUUUUGCAUGAGCGUAUGCUCAGCUCACAACAAGUUACAGAAAGCAAACAAGUGCACGCCGCUUUCACAUUUGUAAGCGUGCAAUAGCAGAUCUUCCGUUGGAUGACCAACCACUCACUCACUUAUAGUAUCACCGCUUUCUUUUCGGUCGUCCAUAUUUUGGGGAGACCUGCCUGUAUAAUCACUCAUCUCAAUCCAUCGGCUUGUCAGACUUUGCGCGCAUUUCCCUUUCUUCUCUUCGUCCCUCAGAUGUCGCCCCUCAUUUUAUCGAAAGUUUCCCUGCUUCUGUUGGGUAUGAUUCUCUGUUUUUUAGUGCCCCCCGUACGCAAAUAUUUAUCAUUUGUACAUGUUUCUCUACUUGCGGUUAUCCAUUUUAACUGGUGCACACUGUUUUUUUCUUUUUCUACCUUUCCGUCCACUGUCCUUUCUGACUUGUCUGUACAUAGACCACCGAAAUUGUUUUUACCUUGCCUAAAUGAUAACCCAUUCCGU